UUCCCUUAUUUGUUACACCUAAAACGUUUCAAUGAACAUUGUUCAUGAAUUAAACAAGCCAAAGAUGCUUAUCCAAAUUAAUCCAGCUAUAUAUAUAUAUAUGUAAGCAUAUUCUUUUAUUUUGAUCUAACUUGGAAGUACCUAGCAGUCCUCAGUCCUCACAUGUCAUAAAGCAUGGUGCUUCUAGUUCUUACUCCCUCCACUGGUCACUGUGAGCUUUCCUUUUCCUUACUUCCACUUCUCAAUCAUAUGAAACAGGGUUCCUGAUCGAAAAGCUUGGUUACAGUUUUCUUCUUUAGCUGAAUGGUCACAUGAACUUCUAUCUCAUUUAGGCUUUUAUAGAAUUGGUUGCGGGUUUUAUAUAUCUUUAGGAGUUCACAUUCACAUGGCAAAAUUUAGUUGGGGUUUGUUCUUGUUCUUAGAAAUGUUUACAAUAAGUGGUCCUUUUCUGGGUUCCUGGAUCUCCUUCUAAUGUUUCUUGACCAUCUUAGAUAUUCCAAGUAUAAAUUAUUGAGUCUUGUUCCAUUUUCUCCUUCAUAGGCUCUAUCGGGUUCUGUUCAGCUUUUGGCUUCCCCUAUGAAAACUUGACCUUUUACUCUCCUCUCUACAACCCCCCACCCUAGUAAAGCAUAAAUUAAUUCACAGUGGUUUGUCUGGGAUUUUUUACAUCACUCUGACCGAGUUGGAAGGACAGAUCAGGUGUGUGGAACUGUGGAUUGCUUAAAUAAGCUGUUAAGUUCUUGUCCUCGAUCUCUUCAGAUUUGUUUCUUUUGGUUGAAAUGGGGAAGCUUAGUUUAGGGAGGGUGCUAGACUCUCUUUGUCUUUCUUCUGGUUCAAGUUCUUGUUUCUGCAUGAACUACUCUGAUGAAAACCAAUAUGAGUUUGAGAAGAGUCCAUUGAUUCCUGGUGAAAAGGAUCAGUUUAUGAGACUCAAGGAUGUUGUUGCAGGAAAACAAACUCUGGCAUUUCAACUCAAACCCAAGAUGGUGAAGUUAAGGGUCUCCAUGCACUGCAACGGAUGUGCCAGGAAAGUCGAAAAACACAUUUCAAAGAUGGAAGGGGUGACUUCUUACAAAGUAGACCUGGAAAGCAAGAUGGUGGUUGUGAUCGGAGAUGUUCUGCCUUAUGAAGUGGUGCAGAGUGUGUCGAAGGUAAAAAAUGCCGAGAUUUGGAACUCGCCGUGAUGAUCAUUAUCAUCAAUACAUGUUUUGCUCUCUAUCUGAAAGCCCUGCUUCUUGUUGCCCAAGUGCCAAUCCUCAAAGAAAUCAAGGAUUUUCAAGUUCUGGUUUGUUUCCCUUUACAAUUAUGCAGAGGGGGGAAAAGAAUGACUCCAUAUAAGUAUAUAGCUAUUGUCAAUCGCAUCUUCAUUGUAAGAAUGUUAGCUCUUAUGCAUCAUAAAUUCCAGAGGAUCUGUAGGCCAACUCAUCUCAUCAUCACUUCAUUCUUACA